AUGGAAAUGUUUGCGAAAAUCAAAGGAUCCAAAACGCCGGGAAGAGACGUAGCCGAGAUGAUGGAGAGGAUUCGCGAGCAGAUCAACGGAAAACUCGAGGACAGCGAGCGGGCUCGAAAGGAGAGGGAAGAUAGCGAGAGGAAGCAAAAUGGAGCCAAAGGGAAGGGGAAAAAGAGGGCAAGGCAGGAGGAACAGGAUAAAGCAAACAAGGGAAAGGCGAAGGAGCGAAAGAUAUGGGGAGACGAAGACGAAGAUCAGCUAAAUCAGACGCUAAUGGAGGCAGCAGAAGCGGUGGAAGAAGCUGAGGCGUCUAUGAGUGAGUUGGACCAGGUUUUCAGGUGGGAAGAUAAUGGUUCACAGGACUUGCCACACCCAAGCGGUUGCUCCACGCCGACGCCAAGGGACGAAGCCAUCAAGGAAGCUGGAGGAAGGAGGAGCAACAAAGGCGGGGACAAGAUGGAAAGCGCGGCAAGGGACAGGAAAAGGAGCAGCACUCUGAUGGCGACGGAAGAGGAGAGAUACGGACGCGAACAAGAGCUUGGAAAAGUGAAGAUAAGGCAAGUCGAGAUACUACAGCCGGUGGUCAAGGUCACGCGACUACAAAUUGACGAAACAAAGGGCAACAAGAUGGAGACUGCGGAGGCGGUAGACAAAGGGGAAAAGGAGAAAGGGACGGGAGCAAAACAGGAGGAGGAACAGAAGCUCAUACGGCUGAUUAAAGAAAUGAGGGCGAAUUUCGAGAAGGAUAAGGAGGUUAGAAAUAAACGGAGCGAGGAGAAACAAGGGGGCGAUGGGGAAAACGGAAAUCGAGGCGAAAAUAGGGAGACUAGGGAAGGGAAGAAGCAGAGGAAAGGAGGAACGGAAUGGGAAGAAGGAAAGGGGGCCAGGAAGGGAAGGAAAGGGGGGAACAGGGGAGAAGAGGUCAUUUUGAUCAAAUAUCCUAAAGAAGAUAUAGGAUACUGGGGAGCGGUGAAGUGGUUGAAGACGGUAGUAGGGGAAUUUGCAGGAAACUUUCAGGAAAUAAGGGACACGAGGAAAGGGGAUAUCCUCAUAGCAGUCAAGAACGGUAAGGGGGGAGAGAGUAGCAGGGAAUGCUCCAGGAAAAUAAAUAGGGAAGGCGAGGGUAGGUGGUAUGCGCGAGUACACUCGGACACCGUUGAAAUCGCGAUUAAAAUAUCAGACCCGGACCUGGAGAAAGAAGAGCUGCUAAUAGCUUAUGGGGAAAGCAGAUUAGGUAAAUUUGUCGAAAACGGGGACAUUAGAAUCAGGUGUAUAAAGGGACCGGAGGGCACGUGCCACAGGACCGCAUAUUUAGAUUGUACUAGGGAAGCAGCCAAGGAGAUGGUGCAGGAAAAAGAAAUACGCACCAAGUGGCAGGAGCUAAGGCCCUAUUUUCCAAGGAGGAAACCUGAAGGUGAAGAUAGGAGAACGAAGAAGGACGGAAAAGACGACGCGGGGGCCAGGAUGGAAGCGGGAAAGGAGGAUAAGGAGGUGGCGGAAAUGGAGCGAUGGGCUAAACCAGGCACGAGUAAAGAGCCAUGGUAG